AUGUCACAGAAGAACAACUAUGACUAUGACAGCCCAGACUUAUGGGCGCGAAUGAAAUUGACACGUGAUAGUGUAUCAAGCGCCUCGAUUUCCAAUAAAUACCGGUCUCCUGGAUACCGGCCUUCGCAACGACGAUGUGCCGAGAAUAACAGUAUCACUUCACCUCUGCACAAUCCGGUGAGUCCGAGUCAGGCUGAUAAGAUGCAAGCGACUGUCAUCAGAUCGACAAAUAGCACUGCAGUCACAGUCACUCGUAAAGCACACAAGGCGAUCGCCACGGCGAUUCCCAAGUGUUUUAAAGCACCUGAGCCGGUUGUGGCCACUAGCCGAUCGCCUUUACAUGAAAACAAACCCCCCUCAUCACCCAAAAUCUCUUCCAAAAUAACUGUCAAGUUACCUGGGCCAAAUCCCGACCAGCGCAUCCUCCCUAGAAACAAAGGAGGUCAAGGGACUGAGCAGAAGAAUUGGAGAAACACCGCACGUCCUUCUCACCCUCCUCUCAUCUCACACGUCACAAAAGCACCCCAGAGGUCAAGUCAGUUAACAUUCACUCGAGAUACUUCGUCUGACCCGCCACAUCAGCUUGCUCUGCCUGCUAUUAAGGGAAAAAUGUCGUCCAGUGGUGACUCGGAUUAUGUCGUUCUGCGUAAUCCCAGAGCCGAAACAUUGCAGCCUCAAAAUCAGGAUGCUUCAGGACAGACUGGAAUAGAGGCCGGUGGCGGUACCCCUCUUGGGGGCAGCAUUCACCAGCCAGCGCGGGAACCAUCCGAGGAGAAGCAGCCUACUACCCGUGCUGAGUUGCGAGCAGAGAUCAAAAGAUUACAAAAGGAGGAACUUGCGAAGAUUUAUCAAAAUCUAUACAAGGAGGAGGUCGAAACGGCUGAUGCUGAAGUAGUAGCCAAAUGCAGGGACGGCCCAGGCGUGGACCCAAAGUCGGAGGUCUAUAAGGAAAUCGAGGGAUAUCGACGUGUGCGUCCAAUGGAAGAAGUCGACUUGAACGUCGAGGCUCUCUUUUUAGUCAAUGAUCUGGAUGACAAACCAGAGGAUGACCGCCUCGAUAACCUCGAGCAGAUUCGUAACGGCUUCAUCGACGGCGAUCGUCUAGCUCCACUGUGGGAUGCAUACGAAAGGCAGUCUUUCAUUUACCCUAACAUCAUUAACGACCAAGUGACGCUAUCUCCUAAGCCGACUGAGGCGCAGACCACCCUGCAAGCCAAAUUUCAGAGACCCGAAGCUCAUCCGUAUGCCUCGCGAGGCAAACCUCCUACUUUCCCACCCAGCGCAUAUCAGACAUGGCGAAAGUACGACCACUUGUGUGAUUGGUGGUGGGCCCCUCCUAUGCUUCCGUUUUACGAUUUGUGGCUUCAAAAAUUCCGUUCUUGGCUCGACGAGACAAUUCAGGAUGCCUAUUACGCAGACAUCUACCACAAGGGCUACUUUGAUGGCACCGCCCAUCCAGAUGGUGUUAGAACCUUCAUCGUCCCGAAUCUACCAAAGGCUACCACAAUCCUCAAUCCCAACGAUGAGCUAGCUCAUAGACACAGACACGAGACGGCAGCAGGUCUCAGCUACAACUAUGUCAUGCACAAAAAAGCCGAAGCAGAGCUAGAGGAGCAGAGACUAGCUUUGGCGCGCCGCAUGCAACUUGAAUGCAUGGCCACCUUGCCGCCAAAUCCCAACACGCCAAGGGCAAACAUUUAUCUCAGACCGGCACACGCAGGAGACGCCAAUCAACUCCUCCCCAUUUACAACUGGUACGCCCAGAACUCCUUCGUGAGCGUCGACAUCGGAAAGUUGGAGCCAGGGGACAUCCGGCAGCGCAUCCAAGCCGCCAAAGACGCCCGCCUUCCGUUUAUCGUUGCCGUGGAGCGCGGUUCGGGAAAUCAAAGAGAAAAUAUCUUCGGCUACGCUACUGCCAAAGACUACACCGGUUCAGAAACCAGUGGUAGAUACACCGCUGAGUUGGAAGUAUUCGUCAUCCCAGAGCAACAACGCAAAGGGAUCGGGAACUGUCUCAUGGACAAGCUCUUGCAAGUAUGUGAUGGAAAUCACAGAACCAAGGGCGGUUAUGAUUUCUACAACCAUGGUCUCACUGGGUACAGCCUGGGCGGACGUCGUGAGUUCGCUCGGCUAAUUUUCACAUUCACCUACAUCCCUGAGGAACGCCAGUCGAAGAGCUGGGUCCGGGAUUGGCUGGCAAAAAAUAACUUCGAACUACAAGGACGCUUGUGCGGAGUCCGCGCGAAGAACGAAAGACUUCUUGACGUUGCGUACUUUGUCAAGAAUAACAUCUUCGCCCUUCCAUACCGAUAG